UCUCUGGUUUUGUCUUCUGUUUCAAAUAAAACGGGAUCUGGAGCGGGAGGAGGAGAGAGGAGGAGCUUGGGUGUGCAAGGGGGUUACAACCCCCUGCCCUCCUCCCGAGAACAGGCUGCAAACUGUUGUUAGGUAUGCGGUUCCUAGGUCAGCGGCACGCUGGCUCAAACUAGGAAGCAGCCGGGGCAGUUGCAGGCAACCAUGGAGAACGUGGAGCUCCGCGGCGGCCCGGAGAGGUUUCCGGACAAAGAUCCCAGGCUGAAUCCCGUCUUCCUGGAUCAGGGGCACCCCCAGCAGCCGCUGCUGGUGAUGGGGGAGCAGAGAGGAGGUGAGCUGUACAAGCUGGUGGAAGUACAAUUGACUGGCGGAGCUCCCUGGGGAUUCACGUUAAAGGGAGGAAGAGAGCACGGGGAGCCCCUCAUCAUCACCAAGAUUGAAGAAGGCAGCAAAGCUGCGGCGGUUGACAAGUUGCUGGCUGGGGAUGAAAUCAUCAGCAUCAACAAUGUUGGCCUCUCUGGGUUCAGGCAAGAGGCCAUCUGCCUGGUGAAAGGUUCACACAAGAUGCUGAAACUUGCUGUCAAAAGGAAAAGCGACCUGGCUUGCAGGCCGCACUCCUGGCAUGCGACCAAAUUCACGGAGAGUCAGCCUGAGACAGCCACGUCACAGCUCUGCUCCGCCAAUGUCUGCUCUUCAUGGCACUCUCAGUAUCAUGCAAGCUCCUCUUCUCAUGAUCUCUCAAGCUCAUGGGACCAGUCCAAUCUGCAUCGUACCUCAGACCAGUUCAGCUCUGCUGGAAGCAUGGACAGCUGGGAUCACACACCCCAACCCUGUCAGUAUGGACAGAUUUCCUCUGCAAAGUCCAACAGCAGCAUUGACCACCUCGGGAAUCCCAGCAAAAGGGAUUCUGCCUAUGGCUCUUUUUCCACCAGUUCUAGUACUCCAGACCACACGCUCUCUAGUGCUGAUGCUGCCUCGACAGAGAAUGUGGCAUACAAAGCAGGUCACUGGGAGACCCCAAAACAGGGCAAUGGCAAGUCUGCCUCGUUCAUAAGCGAUAAUGGGAGAGCAGAGGAAAAACCUACCAGCCUUCCAGCUCCGCUACAGUAUGAAAACAGCAGAAUCCCGCGGCUGGACGAGCAUUCCGAUUCCGCAUAUCCUGGGCCUGGGAAAUCCACUUUUGUGCCUGUGUGGUAUGUCCCGGACAAGAAAAGGUCGCCCUCGCCUCCCCCACCGCUACCUCCUCUCCGUAGUGAUAGCUUUGCUGCCACCAAAGGUCACGAGAGAGCCCAUGCGCCUCUGUACCCAGAGGGUAUUCAGAGCACCCAGCACUUUGACGUCCUGCAUAGAACACAACCCAAGAAUGACUGGAGCACCGAAAAGGCAGAGCUGCCAAAGCGAGCUGCCAGGGCAGCUGAGAGGGCCGUGGACGGGAGGCAGGGUACCAAUCCAGUGUGUAGAUCAGAUCUUAGUCUGGAUUACAGUUUGCCUCCUGUGGGGGACGGGGCAAGCAGAAACGUGGAAAGCGUCAACAGGCUGCAUUUGUCACUGUCCAGUACUGACGUCCGAUUUGCACAGUCCACUUACGCCCACCAGCGCCAGUCCAGUGAUGAAAGCACUUUCUUUCACAAUGCAAAAGCCUCUGCAUCACCGAAGGAACAGCGGCACCUCUCCACUUAUGCUGGGAUUCAGGAAAGGCCUACCAACAAACAGAGCUGCCAUCCAAGCCAAGCCAGGAUAUUCGAUAGUCCCACUACCACUGCUUCUUCGGAUGCAAAUUCUGAGGAGAAAAUAGAAAACACGGCGCCAAGUCACGUUUACUGUGUGACAGAGAAGCAGCCUGCUCAGGGAAACUCGAGACCACUACAGCUCAGAGAUGAAUGCUGGACUCCAGGAGUAAGGAAUCAUGUCUCCUCUGCGCCACAUGAGAAUCCUGCCGUAGCCACAAUGAGCCAAAGUCCCAAAUACUAUCUACCUCAGCAACCUGUUGAGUCUUCUCUGGAUGUAUGUGAAAAGAGAGGUCAGCAUGUGGUGCAUAAAGGAGAGGAAGUUAGGGCUGCUGUAAUGGAAGAUUCCAGAAAGACAAGUUACCCUGAAAAAAGAGUGCAGAGCAAGAAUUUUGAGACCAGUCACAGUAGCUGCCAUGAGCAUGAAUGUGGACGGGAAUGUGUAGUGAUGCCUAACAGUAAAAAUGUCCAGAAAUGUUUCAAGUGGAGUCAACAAGAGAGCUACAAAAUCUCUCCUCAGAAGACCCCGAUGUUGCACUCUUUAGCUCAGGAAGGGAGAAGCCAGGUUGAUGUUGCUGCUGAAAUGGGGAUUAUUAAGCAGCCUGGAUUUGAUACUCACUUGAGCAAAAAUGCGCGAAGAAGUGAUCGGUUUGCUACCACACUGAGAAACGAGAUUCAGAUGAAAAGAGCAAAACUUCAGAAAAGCAAAAGUACAGCGGCUUUAGCGGGAUCAACUGAGGCAGAAGAGUGUGCUGAGAACUGGCAGCCCAUUUCCUCAGACAAGAUCAACUCCUCAUCGGAAAGUUCUUUUACUAAUGUGUACAAGGAUAAUUUGAAAGAGGCUCAGGCCAGAGUCUUGAAGGCUACUUCCUUCCAGCGCCGAGACUUGGAAGCCAGUUCUGCAGAUUUUCUUCCAAACACUUAUAACUCUUCCCCACUGGCUCUUGUUUCUGAAGGCGAGUCAGGUUUGCUUGAGGUUAGACCAUUUUCUAAACAGAGUUCAUCAGGUAGUAAUGUUCACCAUGUUUCCCGCAUUGGAGGAAGGAAGAGAUUUACAGCGGAACAAAAACUGAAAUCUUACUCUGAGCCUGAGAAAAUGAAUGAAGUGGGUGUGUCUGAAGAUGACUACCGCCCACGCCGUCCAACCAUUUCUGAGGAAGCUCUGGGUUCUUUUGCAGAUAGGUGGAAGUUCUUUGAAGAAACCAGUAAACCUGUUUAUCAAAAGUCCUCACAGAAACAUGCACUUUAUGGUCGGCCAGAAGCACAGCCUCCUGUUCCUCAUAAAAAUUCUCAUGAAGGUGAGAUUGAAGGGUCACGGUAUGAAAGAAGGAUGAGGUCAGCUUCUUUUGGAGUUGAGAAUAUGCUUGGUGCUUAUGACAGAUCCAAAGAAAAUGUCCAUUACAGUGGCCGUAAAGCAAAGUCUGGGCAAUCUGAGCGGUUAGAAACUUUUGCAGAAUACCAAGCAUCGUGGAAAGAGCAGAGAAAACCUUUAGAGACUCGGAGUUCAGGAAGGUACCAUUCAGCUGACAACAUCCUUGAUGCUGGCCAUGAACAGCUGGAGAAAUCUCAGUAUAAACAUGAACGGUCCAGAUCAUCCCCUUCUACGGAUUUUUACAAACAGAAAGGAUCAGCUGAAGCAAGGAGACAAACGGAAAAUUCAAGGGAGGAGGAAGAAUGUAUUUCCUCUAAAGCAAGAUCUGAUGAAAGGAGCUGCAAUUGGAGGCCGACUGAUACAGGGUACCCAGAAUGCCACUGGGAGGAGGACACUGCUCGGCAGGAUUACAGUUCCGGGAACAAAUGGAAGGCAAUCCCAAAGCCAUCCCACACAGGUCAGCCUGCAGUUGCAUCUCAAGGGAGCAGAAGUAGAUCUGGGACGUUGCCCAGUGAUUACAGGUACUUGCAGGAAAACAUAAGUGAGAAAAGAAAAGAUCACAGUGUGCUGCCUCUUGCCAUUUCGGAGCUACAAAUAUCAGACACAAACUACUUCUGUGCAUCACCAGGCAAAGAGGAGGAGAGUCUGCCGGCAGAUUCAGCACUGCUGAAUAAGAAACAUGGCCCUGUGCCUCAGCGGCCUCCCCCUCCCAAGCGGGAUAAUAAAUACCAUCAACAGGACUGUUCUCCAGCAUCACUCUCCACUUCCUCAGAUUCUCUACUGACACUGUCCAACAGGCCAGGUCAGCCCUGCUCUCCCACUGCUGCCAGUGUGGUUGCAGUUAGUUCAUCUCCUCAGACUUCUCUAAAGGUUCCUGGAAAAUUAAUAAGUGCCGAGGUGCUGGGGCCUCCACAAUCAGCACCCACAAAUAAUGUUUGUCCGCACUUAGAAGAAAAAAGACACUUCCCGUCUGCACCUGUGCUGUCUUCAACAUACCAUCACCAUUUGAAAGCCGAAAUGGAGGCGUCACGGUCUCCGUCACCACAGUUUGCUCCACAGAAAUUGACUGACAAACCUCCUGUGGCUGUUGAAGAUGACAAUCCCACUAGAAUUGAACGAGUGAUGGAUAACAAUACAACCGUAAAGAUGGUUCCUAUCAAGAUCGUCCAUUCCGAGAGUCACGCAGAGAAGGAAAGUAGGCAGAACCUUGUGAGCACAAUAGAGCCCCCUGCUUUACCAAGCGGCUUGGAGAAAGACCAGAUUAAGACACUUAGCACUUCUGAACAGUCAUACUCGCGUUUCUGUGCUUAUACAAGGCAAGGUGUGGAGUCAGAGCCUGAGAACAAAGCCAGACUGCCAUAUUUGCACCCUGCUGAAGCACUCGGAACCAACUCAAAGGUCACUGAGGCUUCUGCCCAUGCAGUUAGUUAUGUGAGAGCCAAAGAAAAGACAAUCGAAGACUGGAAGUCAGAAGAGCUAGCCAGAGAGAUAGUGGGCAAAGAUAAAUCACUAGCAGAUAUCUUGGAUCCAAAUGUAAAAAUAAAAACUACAAUGGACUUGAUGGUGGGAAUCUUCCCAAAAGAUGAACAUCUUUUAGAAGAAGCACAACAACGCAGAAAGCUUCUUUUAAAAGUCCCUUCACCAAAAACGGCAGAAGACAAGAAAGAGGAGCCCCCUCUGCCUCUGGCUAUACCCCUGACAACCAAUUCUACUUACUAUAGUACCUCUGCACCCAAGGCGGAACUGCUCAUAAAAAUGAAGGACAUGCAGCAGCAACAGCAGCAGCAGCAAAACGAGGAGGCUUCUGAGGAUGAGCUGGACCAUGAUUUGUCUGAAAAGAAGCAAGAGCUUAUAGAUAGCAUAAGUCGAAAGCUCCAGGUACUACGAGAAGCUCGAAAGACCCUCUUGGAAGACAUUCAAGCUAACAAUCUGCUUGGAGAUGAAGUGGAAGCAAUUGUAAAAGAGGUCUGCAAACCCAAUGAGUUUGACAAGUUCCGGAUGUUUAUUGGGGACCUUGACAAAGUGGUCAACCUCCUCUUAUCACUUUCUGGUCGGCUAGCCCGGGUAGAAAAUGCAUUGAACAACCUGGAUGAAAAUGCAUCAUCGGAAGAGCGGCGGAUCCUGGUAGAGAAGCAGAAGUUGCUCACACAACAGCAUGAAGAUGCAAAGGAGCUGAAGGAAAACCUGGAUCGAAGGGAACGCAUUGUCUUUGACAUUAUAGCCAAUUACCUGAGUGAGGAAAGCCUUGCGGAUUAUGAGCACUUUGUCAAAAUGAAGUCAGCUCUCAUCAUAGAGCAGCGAGAGUUGGAAGAUAAAAUCAAACUUGGGGAAGAGCAACUCAAGUGUCUGACUGACAGCCUCCAACCCGAAAGGCCCAAAUGACACUUGUCGAAGGACACAGAAACUGCGAUGGGUUGAACACAUUUCUCUCUGUGCAGCUCCUCUGGCCAUGAGAAGGACUCACUCAAGAGAAAUGUCAUAAUAGCAAUAAUGUUGGGGGAUUUGUUUUUAGGUGGGUUUAUUUCCAUGGCUAGAAACAUACGAAUGCCUCUUCGUCUCUCUCUUAUCACACAGCCUCUAGAUAGCUCUGCAUACAUUAGGUUUUGCAUUUCAGAUUCAGUAUACUAAGGAAUCUGCUGCAUCUUUGCAUGAGUACAUUUUUAAAAUACAUAUGUGGCAUUUGUUCUCUUUAUGUCUAUAUAAAUUGAUUCCCUAAAAAGCAAUAUUGAGGACUGUGAAUUUUAGGGACUUACGAAUAUAUAUUAAAAUAGACAAAACAAGUCCAUUCAAGUUACCUUUCUAGCAUUGUUUUUGGGUUGAUGAGGUAAAAUGACAUUUUCAGAUUUGCACAUUUAGAUGCUUUUAUGAAGAAAUGUUGCGCAAGUUCUAUCUUUCCAGUGAUUAUGUCAAAAUGGUUUGGACAAGUAGAUCUUUAAGAGCCUAUAAUAAAACUACUUCCAAACAUAGUAGGCAAGUGUGUGUGCGUGUGUGUGUGAACAUGAUUUUUGACAUCUUAGUGGCACAAAAAUGACCAAGUUAUUAUUAUUUUUUAUUUGAAGUAAGCAUGGGAAUUUUUACCCAGCCUUUCAGUAAUGGGGCACAAGGGCAAAUGUUGCAUUUAGCUCAGCUCUGUUACAUAUGCGAAAUAGCUGGGGACCCAAGUCUAACAUGUGCAAGCCUGAAGUAAGGCAGAACUAGUAUUACAUUACGACAGGUACCCAGGCUUCAGUGCGUCCCAUUCCAGAUUGGUAGAUGAGUCUUCAUAUCUUUCAUGCACACAGAGCUUGAGUCCCUAGUUGCCCCAAAGCAUGGAUGGCCAUGCAACGAAAUGGGAAGCAGUCCUGGCGGUGGUCGCAAAGUUUCCCACCAGCACACUUCCCUCAGGCCAUUCCAGCACGAUGGGCUAGAGGGAAGGCGUCCGGGGGCAAGCCUUGUGAGGUUUUCCCCCUAGUCCAUGCUGUGGCUACUGGGUAGCAGCAUCGUCGUUUCAUGGAACGGCUCCCUACUUGGGCAUUCCAGGCGCAAGCUAAUUGUUGGCUUCUACAUGCAUCCUGUCCCUGGCUGCGCUUUGUCCAGAUUUUGCUCACCUGCACAAGCAGCGUAAUUUGCCUACCUGACCAAAAGUGUUUCGGAUUUAUUCAUAAUUGCAUGCCUAAUACGUGUGUGCGUGUUUGUGUGUGUUUGUAUUUCCAUGCCCAUACUCACAAAUACCCUUGUGAUAAUGGGACCUUAUUCUGCAGCUCAGUGUCACAAGGCAUGAAAUAUUCACAACACUAUUUGAAACAAGGAAAAAAUCCCCUUUGACCUCUGAAAAGUCUCAUUUCUUUUAAACUUCGUAAGGAGGUUGUGAUAAACGUUGGUGACCUAAACUGCAUAUGAGUGAUGGUCCCUUGCGUUAAUGUACAUUUCUAAUGGAUAAAGGGAAGUCUUGUUUUUUUAUGUCUUUUUAAGUUAUACCAGAAAAUUACAUAUUUAGCACUUAAAUAAUGAACCAUCCUGUCCUACUACUCCCUUUGAACAGUGAAACUAAAAAAGAAAAAAACUUUCUCCUGAUAUUCAAUUUGAGUGUAAACGAAAGAGUUUCUUUCAUCACUAUUCAGAUAAAUACAAAAAUAAAGAUAAGAAAAUUGUUGGCUGUUCAAGAAGUUGCCAUAAUCGCUUCUGCAUAAUCAACAGUGUAAUCCAAUGCACAUCUGCUAAGAAGCAGUCUCUGUUGAGUUCAAGGGGACUUACUCCCAGGUACGUAUGUAUAAAAUUGUACCCUUAAAUGCUAGAUGAGAGAUUCUCCUCUAAUUAUUAGUGCUAAUUCAUACACCCUUCACUGGCCUGCAACAGUGUAAUUUCUUAACAGUCUAGUUGUACUAAGUGCUCCCAGAUUUUUUCACCAUCCACAAGACAUCUGACAAAUUAUUACUGUCAUCAAAUGCUGCUAUGAUUCUAGUUGAUACUAAAUAAAUGGUUCCAUUUUUUUUCAGAAGCCGUUUGCUAUUCCUUACAUAACCAAGCUAAAAGAAACUAUUACUCCAGUCAGGUGUAAGCUUUUACCUGUGACUUUAAAAAGAGACUAUUGUAGUGAUUCUGUUUGUGUAUUUGAACUCCAAAUAUAACUUCAAUAUGUACACAGUAUUUUAAAUCAUAUAAUUCUUACAAAAAUAGCAAUAUGGAAAUUAAUGUAUAAUUAUAUAUUACCCCUUUCACAAUGUGAUAUUUAAUCGCCACUUUCAACUUGCCUGCCCCACGUUUCCUAUUCUCUCUUUUAAACUUGUUCUGUUUCUGGAAUAAACCAGAAGAGGGAUUCUCCCCCCUCUGUAUAUAAUUCUAUAAAUAGUUGCUUUGUAAAAGAGAACCUGGUGCUGUCUUGCCUUUGGCAUCUGUAGGUGAAGGAAUCUGUUUUCACCUUAAGGUCAUUGCAAUUUUUAGACCAUUUUUGUAUAAUGAAAAAGAAAUUCAGAUUUUUCCCCAUUGUUCCUUAAGAGUUUGCAAACCUGAUUCAAAAAUAGAGAUUUCUCACUUGUUAUCUAAAUACUUAUCUACUGAUCAAUCAUCUUGCUUGACCAAGGGAAAUAAACCAUAUUGUGU